AUGUAUGAGACAAAUUACUCUGAAGUAUCAGAAUUUAUAUUUCUUGGGCUUUCUACCUACAGACCAGUGCAGCGUUUCCUCCUUGCCUUCUCUACCGUGUUUUAUGUGACCAUUGUUCUAGGAAAUGUCUCCGUUGUGCUCACAGUGACUUUAGACUUCCACCUACAUUCUCCCAUGUAUUUCUUUUUAGGAAACCUCUCAUUUAUUGACUUAUGCCUGUCUACUUUAACAGUUCCCAAAAUGAUUUCUGACUUGUAUUCUGGCCACAAUACCAUUUCAUUCCAGGGUUGUGUCACACAAAUGUUUCUCCUCCAUGUCCUGGGGGGGUCUGAGAUGGUGCUACUCAUAGCGAUGGCCGUGGACAGAUACGUGGCCAUUUGCAAACCACUACAGUACCUGCGCAUCAUGAGCCCACGAAUGUGUAGUUCACUUCUGUUUGGAGUGUGGGCUAUCGGACUCAUUCACUCAGUGAUCCAGUUAGCUUUUGUUGUGCAUUUGCCUUUUUGUGGCCCUAAUGAGAUAGACAGCUUUUAUUGUGAUCUUCCUUGGUUUAUUAAACUGGCCUGCAUAGAUACUUACAGAAUGGAAUUCUUGGUAACUGCUAACAGUGGGUUAAUUUCCCUUGGCUCUUUCUUCUUAUUGCUUCUCUCCUAUGCCUUCAUACUCUUCACUGUGUGGAAAAGCUCUCCUGGUGGAUUGCACAAGGCCCUCUCUACUCUUUCAGCUCACAUCUCUGUGGUGGUUUUAUUCUUUGGACCAUGCAUCUUUGUUUACAUGUGGCCAUUUCCUACAGUACCUGUGGAUAAGUUUCUUGCGAUUUUAGAUUUUAUGAUUACACCCAUCCUGAAUCCCGCCAUUUACACACUGAGGAACAAAGACAUGAAGCUAGCAAUGAGGAGGCUGAAUGGUCAACUUUUGAGUUUGAAAAGAAUCUCCUAA